UCCGCCGGGAUUGCGCGCUUUUUGGCGUUGGGUUGUUGUUGGUAUCGUUCGUUUUUGGGGAGUCUUGCAAUCCCGAACUCACGCGAGGAAGGCUGUGAAUGACGCUUGGUUUUGUGGCGGGGAAGGUGGCGGUGUUGGUGGCGGUUUUUGUUUUUGGUGCCGAGAACGCUCGAGUUGGUUUGUGCGCCGGGUUAUCGGUGUCUCCUUCGCAAAGAAACCGCAAACCCGGUUCAUUUUGAGUAGCCUUUGUUUAUUACAUACGAGACAAAUAUGUCCAGUGUCCUUGAUUCAUCAGACGUAACCCGUGCCGUGUGUUUAACCCCUGCGUUAUUACAAGAGACGGCAAACCGGGGUAAGUUCAAUGACUCCAAUUCGACGAUAAACAAUAAAAAUGCUCAAUGUAAUUUUGCUCCAUUAUUACACGAGCGAUACAAUACAUCGGUUUUUUGCGUGAUCUGUCUUCAUUAAGCGAGACGGAAGUCAUGUUGUUGUGUAAUUAGGCCUUAUGUCAUUGGUGUUAACCGGAGGAAUGUAAUGCAUGACUACACACAAUAACUGGGUUUCGUGUAAUUAUCCCGGUGUGUACUAUGAGGAAAUACAGCCCCCUUCUAUGUAAUUCGUAUAUCUAAUUACGUACGUGUUGACGCGCGCACUGAUGCAGUCUUACCACACGGCAUAGCGUGGCGCGUUGCCACUGUACAGCAAUGUGACUUCGCUGGAACGUCGUCGCAGGGUGCUGCUACCCCCAGGAUUGGCUGGCCGAAGCAGGUUGCUGCAUCGACGGCGGCGUGCAUUUGUUACCCGCUUUCCGGUCCCGCCUGCAGCACGAGUACCAUCGCUGUCCACACAAUUGACCGCCGACUCCGCGGGGGGACGAAAAUGAUUGCGCGGUGUCACCAGAGAGGUGCGUCGUGGGAGCGCCCCGCUGCCAACGACGGCACCGCCUGCACGCCAACUUUAUGAUAACGUCUCGGGCGUUUCCAAGAAACGCGCAGGCCCCUCUCCGAUGUUCGCCUCCAGGGAAAACCGAUGAAGAAACAGAAGCGCAAACGCUUGUUUAGGUUAGGUCUUACAAGUGCUGUCUUUUGAAACGUUAACACAUCCAGCGCACCGCGCCAAAGAACUGCUCGUGGAAAACUUUUGGGGGGGGGGGGGGGGGUGGGGGGGGAUAAAACUGGAUUAUCGUUACCUUUAGUUUAAAAAAAAAAGCGUUUUACGAGUCCUGGCAAUCUUUGAUUGCUCGUUGGGAGAACCUUCUUGCCCAGUUGCAGAGCUUUGUUUCUGGCAAGAAGAGAGCUGCGCAUCCUGAGCCGUGCAACCUCCCCCUCUUCCCCUUGCCCCGUUCCCCCAAAGCAACCGGAUCCCAUCGCCUACCCCGGUCUCUCUACCCUGCCCAACGCGCACCUCCCUUCCUCUUCCUCCCCCUCCUCCCCCCCCCCCCCCCCCCAUCGUCGCCCUCGUCCCACCACACAAGGCGCCGGCUUGCCGCCCGUCCCGCCCGAUUGUCCUCCCCUUCAUAUUUUCGCCACCGCUUGCGAGUCCGCGUCGGCGACCAUGUCAGAGGGGUGCGGGCGCGAACGGCGCGUGGACGCGGAGUACGCCGUGUGCCUGCUGGAGCAGCUGCGCGGUUUCUACGAGCGCCAGCUGCUCACCGACGUCGUGCUGGUUGCCGAGGGCAACGAGUUCCCGUGCCACCGGACUGUGCUGGCCGCGUGCAGCUCCUACUUCCGGGCCAUGUUCAUGAGCGGGCUGAGUGAGAGCAAGCAGACCCAUGUGAACCUGCACAACGUGGACUCGGCGACGCUGCAGAUCAUCGUGGCUUACGCGUACACCGGCCACCUGGAGAUGAGUGACGGGGUGGCGGAGCAGCUGUUUGAGACGGCCACCUUCCUGCAGGUAGAGGAGGUGGUGUGUCGCUGCCGUGACUACUUGGUGAAGAAGGUGUGCACGGAGAACUGCCUGCACCUGCUCGGCUUCGCAGACAUGUAUGCGUGCGGCGAGCUGAAGACGGCGGCGCGUCGUAUGGUGGAGCACCGCUUCCCGGCGCUGUGCCGGCACGAGCACUUCCUGCAGCUCCAGCCGCAGCUGCUCAUGGAGGUGCUCGGCAGCGACAACCUCAACGUGGAGAAGGAGGAGACGGUGCGGGAAGCGGCCAUGCUGUGGCUGGAGUACAGCCCGUCGUCGCGCUCGCAGUACCUCUCCGCCGUGCUCGGGCACAUCCGCAUCGAUGCGCUGUCUGAGGUGACGCAGCGCGCCUGGUUCCAGGGCCUCCCGCCCAACGACAAGUCAGUGGUGGUGCAGGGCCUCUACAAGUCCAUGCCACGCUUCUUCAAGCCGCGACUGGGCAUGACCAAGGAGGAGAUGGUGGUGUUUGUGGAGGUGCCGGUUGGGGAUGAGGGCAGCCGCCCAGGAGCCCAGGCGGCCAUCUGCUACAGCCCUCAGGCCGGAAAGGUUUACCGCUUGUGCAGCCCGCCCGGCGAGCUGCGCAAGGUGGGCGUGCUGGUCACGCCGGACAACGACCUCUAUAUUGCCGGGGGCAUGGCGCUCACGGGCUCCCCGGGCUUCGGGGCGAGCGGCGGCUCGGAGACUGCGCCGGCCACGCCGCAGCAAGGCCACCCGCACGGCCGCGUGCCGGUGCGCUCCUUCUACUGGUUCGACGCGCAGCAGAACGCCUGGGUGGGCAAGGCGCCCAUGCUGCAGGCACGGACGCAACCGGCGCUCGUCUACUGCCGUGCGCAGGUGUACGCGCUGGGUGGCGAGGUGGUGGUGGAGCCGGGCCGGCGCUCGGUGGAGCGCUACGACGUGCGGCGCGACGCGUGGUCGCCUGUGUCGCCAGCCCCCUUCCCGUGGCAGUGGUGCGCGGCGGUGGAGUGCCGCGGGCGCGUCUACGCCAUGGCGCACGACCGCACCUUCUGCUACGACCCGGCGGCCGACUCGUGGACGGAGCUGUCGCUGCGCCGCACGAGCCGCUGCUUCGCCUCGGCCGCUGCCCUCGACGGCCGCAUCUACUACAUCGGCGGGCUGCACAUCAGCGGCGGCGGCUGUGGCAUCAGGGUGCCGUCGGGCACGCUCAACGGCUCCUCCAUCUCGGUGGAGGUGUUCGACUCGCAGGCCAACGCGUGGGAGAUGCGCGCCUGCAUCCCCGCGCGCCGCUACUCGGACCCGUGCGUGCGCGCCUUCGCGCUGCUCGGCUCGCUGUGCGUGUUCCUGCGCGAGACGCACCUGGCCGACCGGCCGCGCUACGCCGUGUACCGCUACGACGCGGCGCUCGACCGCUGGGAGCUGCUGCAGCAGGUGUCGGAGCGCGUGCUCUGGGACCUGGGCCGUGACUUCAAGUGCACCGUGGCGAAGCUCUACCCGUCGUGCCUCGCCGAGUCACCGUGGAAGCCGCCGCCCCCCCCCGCGUCGCUCUCGCCCAUGGUGGAGAUCGACAGCUUCGACGAUAUCGAGGAGGUGGUGCUCAUCCCACCCGACUGACGAGGCGAGGCGAGGCGCGUGCGUGUGCCUCGUGCGCACGCCUCGUAGAGGGAGGCGGGCGGACACCAAGGAGGAGCGAGCGGGGGGCAGAGAACGCACCCGAGCGGAGAGAGAGAGAGAGAGAGGGAGCGACAGAGGAGUAGGACUGAGGAACGCGACACAGGAAGCGAGGGAAGACGACCGACCUCAAAGACCCUCCUCGGUUAAAUCCUCGGGCUGGCCGAAAUUGCAGUUGCGAAUGGAGAAAAAAAAAAGAGUAAAAUAAAAAAAAAUAUGUGUGCAUCAUGUUGGGGUUAAACGCGGGGUUAGGUGAAAAAGUCGUUUGUCCGCUGUCCGUAUCUCCCGCCCUCCGAGACACAUUCACGGGCGAUGCUUGGUGCAUGCUGGGCACACGACGUGCGUAAUUAUAUCAUUGAGACGUCGCCGGAGCCCGCUGCUUGCGCCAUGACCACCGCGUGACCUCUGCGUGCGGAGCGCCAGAUCCCCCUCCCCCCCCUCACCGACGGCUCGUGUGCAGUAAUGAAGUAAUAGCGAGCCGCUCGCCCGCCCGCCCGCCCGCUUGCCCAGCCGGCGCCGCGUCCACAGCUCGGCGCUGCGACGCAUCAAUCAGCCUACGUUGUGCGACGAUGUAAACCGUUCAUUUUGUUUUGUAUAUUUAGCCCCUCAUCGGUGCAGUGUGGCUGCUGCUCAUUUUUCGUUGUUUCCCCCCCCCCCCCACCUGAUCAGUGUUUUCCUGGGUGCACCUUCAUUAUUAGGGUGACCCCCCACCCCCCCUCACCCCCCCCCCCCCCCCGUGUCGUGUUUUGUAUAUUUGUAUAAUUUCCAGCGGACUGCAUACUAUAGCCCACGAACCCUGGACCCUUCCAAACCCCCCCCACCACCAAACUCUGCCUCUUGACCAUCCUUGACCCCCCCCCCCCCCCAUGCCACCUCGUCCAUCGCCUCUUUCCUCGUCUGCAGUCUGGAGUUUUUGGUUGGGGUCUGGCGAUCCCCCUCCGUUCGUGCAUUACGCAGCGGACGACGUUGCGCGUCACCAAACUGGGAGAGCUGCAGACUGCCGACGACUCGUGGCUAGGAGCCGUUGAGUUCUGCGGCGACCGUUGCCCUCUCCGUUAGCCGCCUGUCGAGCCCUGGCAAUCAAACGCGUUUAUUAGGAAGUCAUUGGCCGGCGAGUGUCCAGUGAAUCGCAUGCAUUGUCCACCGCCUAUAGGGAUCUGACGGUCACAUUUGAAUUAUAUAUAUAGCCUUUAGAGUCCAUCAGCCUGUCGGUCUGGAUUGGUCCAAGGCUCUGCGGACCAAUCCCAGCAAACGUAUGUUCUCAUAUCAAACUCUGGAUCGGGUUUCUGCUUUCAGAGUCUCAUCAGCAGGGUGUGACCUUGUGUGUCAGGGUGAGAGCACUGUUCCAGCACUGUUGUAUGGUGCAGUCCAUCGAAUUCCGUAAAUAAAUUAGGGGGAUGUUAUCUCCUGGAGAAGAGGAGUUGAGUACUAUUCUGCCCCGAAACUGGUUGAUGUGUGAAGAUCUGAGCUGGCACUGCACUGCAGUUUGCACCCUGUAUUUUUUGAAAAAAACAAAAGCGUUUGUCUUUAUAGUUUAAAUUCCCACAAUGUCUCAAUUGGGCACUGCUACUUACAACAUUGAGUUACUCUCGCGUGUUCAAGAGACCAUCGAUGGUCCAUAACCUUCACUUGGCUGGAAACUGGACGAACGAUCGGAGAACUCGACAGUUCAUCGCCGUAACAGGGAGGCAUUGGGAUCAUUUUGUCAUCGCGAGUCUCGGCCGGGAGCGGCUACUCGUAGUGAGGGUGCAGGGGGGGGGGGUGACGCACGCGCUGCCGGCGCGAGAGAGGCGCGACGCCCAUCGUCGGUGCACGGCGAUGGCUCGCGCAUGCCUCCUCUCCCCACUUGCACUGCGGACGAGCGCUUUCCGUGGCGGAGACGGCGACUUCCCCUCGAGCCGGCAUGGCGAAGAGAAAUUUAACCAAGUAGCGGCAGCGUGCGGGCGCUCCCCAAUUAGUCGGACGUUAACUCUCAUCACGACGUGCUGAAAGCAUUGUCCGCUUCCUUCUGCGCUACUCGACUUGUGGAGCGCUCACUUAAAUUAAGCCCAGUGGUUGUGGGGUCAUUUGCUGCCGUCAAUAAUCACUGCAGGCCAGCGCCAUGACAGACACUGAAGCUGAUGUCGCAGAGAUCCUGGCUUCGAAUCCGGGUUUCAGCCACCCAUGACUAAACUGGAUAAUUUAAAGAGUAGUGAGUUGAUCAUUCCCGCCCGGUCACCAAUAACUGCAUUUAAAAAAAGUCACAUUUGUUCGACUAAAAUCUGGCUCUGGGGAUUAAAUAUUUUGGUUUGAUUUACAUGCAAGGAAAAUGCAUACGUUUAUUAAUAUUAUAUAUGGUAAGGUGAGAGUCUCUUUGCAGGAUGGGACCUGGGGUGCAGAGAGAAUAUACACUACGGACAAAGUUGGCACAGAUAUUUGCGUUCCGCAUUGAGCAAAAAUGAGACAUGAGUGGCCUAUCGAAGGCUGUUCUGUGGCCCCGAAGUCCUGUUGAAGGGACUUCAGAAACAAUCUUGGGGCCAUUCUCUGACACCAAAUUCGUAUGGCUAGAGUUUUUAAUUGGUGUCAUAUCAUGACUCUACCGUAGUACAUUUGGAAGUGUUGAUAAAAAAACCUAAUAGGAAAUUAUUAUUCUCAGCACUGAUGUUGGUGAUAUGAUGCGGUGAGCGAUUCGGAGCAAAUCUCUUUGGAAGUGGACGUUGAUCGUUUUUCUGUUUAUGAAUCGGGCCACGGUAAAAGUGAGCGGGUUGAACAUGUCCUUAAAAAAAGUGCGUGCGACCGAGUGACGAAGCGAUUGUCCUUGCUAAAUUCCUCCCCGCGGCGCCCACGUUAAACCGCACUGCAUGCAUCUUUAUCGGCGCUUCCCUGUGAGCACUGGGUGACGACACUUUUAAAUAUGUUCAAAAUAAAGCGUGGUGCUUCCGCAGAUUUUUGUGGGCCUGACCGGGGCCAGUGAAUCCAGAGGCAAUCGUGAAGCACAUUGGUGCAGCCAAUCACACUCGAGGAUUUGCGGUUACCUCACGGCGUCAGUCGGACACGUGUUGGAGAGCUCAACGAAUUGUUUUUUUGUUGGAGAAGUUUUGCGCGACGCGCGAAUGCUGCCGUGUGAUUGGCUGCGUGUUCGUUUUGCCGACCAGCUGCGGGACACCGUGAUCUUUACAUUUCAGCGAAGGCUUUUAAUGGCGGGGAGGCAAUGCCAUUGUCGGAAUCGAUGCAGAAGUGGGAUUUAUACGGAACGUACAAAUAAUAAAAGUACAAAGCAAAUCGUUUUAUGACCGUUGCUAAUAUUGUUAUCCCAACGCUGAUCUCUCCCGGGUGAGAGCAAAGCCUGUCCAUGCAACUUGGUGGGUCCCACCACCGUGGGGACGGCCGUUGAAACGCAACGGCGUAACGAUGACGCCGCGUGAAAGUCACCCGUGUUCUGUUGCGAGUGACUGAAUCAUGUUGCGAGUAACUGAAUCCACUCCGGGGGACCUGGGAAGACGUUUUGCGAGUGCCGACCGGGAAUUGGGUGGGUGGGUGAGGGAAGGCGUCGGGGGCGUUGUUUUUCGAUCGCUCCGCCGGUCCUUGGCUCCGUGCCGGUUGUCGACCUCUCGUCCGAAGGAGUUGCACGCAAUGGGGCAGGGAAAGCGUGCGCCUAUCUCACACCCCGCUUCCAACUCUGUCCCCCCUGCCCUGCCUUCUUCUGCAUCAUCGCAAUCUAUGCCUUCCCUCGUUUACCCAUGGUGUAAGGGUUCUUUUUCUAUGUAAAUGUUUUAUCUUAUCGCCCUCCUUGACGGAGGCCUUUUUGUACGUUGAGCCGUUGUUGGCCAAAGAUUUGUCUCAAGUCCCUCCGCUCCAGGUUGGCCCACGAUUCUGAACCGAGGUUUUUUUUUUGUCUUUACAGAGCCGCAGCACGUCAGCUGUGACACGGCCAGAAUUGGCAUGAUGAUAUUGAUGAUAUUGAUGAUGAGGAUGAUGAAGAGUUAUUGCCACAAACUUCAAAUUUUAGCUUGCCACACUGCCUGGGCAGAUAUGGCUCCAGGUCAGAAACUCCUUGCAUCAAUAUUUUACACGGCCAACAGCUGCGCUUGUUGAUGUAAAAGGUGCGUGUUUAAUCAAAUAAAAUAAAAACCUUUGAAAAGGUUUUCGCAGUGAUUGACCGUAUCACAAUUGGUGUCAAUAUCUUACCGCAUUGGAUGGUACCGACAAGUGUAAUUUCAAAACCGAGCCCAUGAACUACACAAUGGGUUUGAGGAAAUGAUUAUCGGCAACCCGGACCGGAUCUUUGGGAGCAAACUGGAGCAGAUUGCACCAACGUCCUUCUCUUCCUCUGAGCUUCGUGCUCCAGUCCAGUGCGUCCGGUAACUCCACCCCUAGUUUUCGACUGUUUACAGGGCUCGACUUGCAUAUUGUUACUGGCAGCUUGGCUGCAUCGCUUCUCUUCGGGUUUUUGCCGAGUUGCACAUUCUGGUAAUGUGAUGCUCACACACGUGAACGCGCACACAUGCACCCGCGCGCACACACACAUGUGCACACACGUGUACACACGUGUGUCCAGGAAGCUUAAUGCUCCAAACUUGGGUUCUGUUACUUGUUGCCUGUGACUGUGCAACCCCAUCCACAACCAGAGUCCGUCGAAUACGCAGAACCACUCCCAGGCCCGGCCAUUUCAAAUCGAUCAAUGAGGGAGUGUGACGAACCCGCGCGGAAAGGUGAACUGGCAGGCUAUACCCAGGAGGCCAAAACAAUGAAAUUGGCAUUCAGUUGCAUUUAUUCACGGAUUAAUUAAUGCCGUUUUUUUCUUUAUAUCCGAAGGGCACCGCUGGCUUGCGAAGGAGGGCGAUUGCUCGAGAUGUUCGCUCGGGUGUUGGGUUUUCCCUGCAAUGCAUCCUCGCGGUUUAGCCUGCAGUUGCCCGUCGCUCGCGUGGCCUCGUGCACUCCGCGUCCCUCGACGAUGUCGCUGUUCGCCGAAGUGGCUUCCUGAUAGAAGUGUCGGUGGACAAAGCCAUCGAACUGAACGUAAAAAUAAUCACAGCGGUGUGUGGGGUGAGACGCUGACACCUUGCACGCCUCUCAUUAUAAACACUUGGGUUGUGGAGUUGGGCCCUCUCGGCCCCGGAGGUUCAAAAUUGUUGUUGCUUUGGAAACGUCGAACCGGUGAAUAAAUUAAACUGCUCUGUGCGAACCCUC